AUGCCUAUAAGGUUUGCAGGUCACUCUAAGUGGGCCAAUAUCAAGCAUGAUAAAGCCAAGAACGAUGCCAAAAAGUCCAAGGAAGCAACAUUAAUUGCAACCAAGAUAGAAAGUUGUGUACGAAUAGGAGGUAAAGAGUCUAAUGCGAGCUUGGAUCAGUUAUUAGAUAAAGCUAAGAAACUCAACGUAUCAAAGCAAGUAGUCACAAAUGCGAUAAAGAGAGGUGCUGGAGAAUUAAAUGAUGGUGCAGCUAAUCAAACUGAGGUGACUUAUGAGUUUAUGGGGCCCGGUGGUGUUGCUGUUAUAGUCUCAGCCAUUACUGAUAACAAGGCACGUACAGUUAUGAGAGUUAAAUCAGCAAUGGCAUAUUUCCAAGCAUCGUUAAGCCCUUGUAAUUUCAUGUUUGAAAAGAAGGGAGAAAUACUCAUUGAGCCUAAGCCCGAUGCCAAUGAAUCCUUCGACGACGUGUUUGAAGUAGCACUAGAAUUGGGUGCUGAAGAUUUCGAAGAGGUUGAGUUUUCAGAUGAGUUUGUCCCUGACAAGAAGUACAAGUUUUAUCGCAUAAUUUCUGAUCCUUUGGAGAUUCAUCGCAUUAGUAAUGAGCUUAGUGCCAAAGGAUAUAAAUUGCACGAAAGUGCGGUGAGAUAUUUGGCGAAUAAGGACGGACAAGUGGAGUUCCCCGAAGAGUACUCUAAAGGAUAUUAUAGAGCCCUUGAUAACUUGGACCAAACUCCCGAAGUUUUGGACUACUACACCAACAUUGAAGGUGAACACGAGAGCAGAAUUAUGUCCUCGAUCAACUGA